UACUUUAGUACAUUUAAUAUCAGAAAAUUACUUUUGGUACUUAACUAAUUAUCAGAUACUUUAAGACUUUUAUUCAAGUAGUAUUCUAAUAGGUGACUUUUACUUCAUUAGUCAUUUUCCAGUAAUAUCUUUACUCAAGUAUGGUUUUUAGGUACUUUAUACACCACUGACUAACCAUAACAAUCAAGAGGCUCGCUUCCUAACUUUCGACCAAUCAGAGGCUUUGUUUAUGACUCGUCGACCAAUCAGAGGUCUUCUUCCGGGCUGAGAGUCUGUUGCUUGAAUAACGUGAGCUUUUCCUCUGGCUGAACAGAGUGGAUACUCUGUUUAACCGGACAGAUUCCCGGUGGGUCGGCCGGUGACGUGGUCGGUAAACACGUCGUUUGGUCAUGUAAGUUUGCCCGUGAGCCCGGAAACAUGUAUAUCGCGUCACGAGCCCUCGCGGUCCACGUGAGAAAGCUGUCGGUUUCGAUCCGGCGGCUUGUGUCGCGUGUGUGCGCAUGUCCGUUACAGCUUGGUGCCGCCUCACGGUCGGAGAAUCUACUUCCGGUUUGAUCUCCGCGAGUGUAAACAAACCGACUCGGAGCAGCCCGAUACAUGUGACUAUAACUACACGUGUGUAUUGGUUAAAUUCACCUGUUGCAGGCGUUUCCUUCACCUCCUAACAGCCUCAUUAACCUCUAAAUACCGGUUUAACAUCAAAGACCGCGUCGGCGCUCACACCUCCUCCUCUUUGACACGCGCUGCGAAAAGGGGGGCAGUCAAAAACUCCCCCGGGACCAGGACCAGGACAGACCGGCACAUCUCCCUCCUGCUGAAUCUGCUGCUUCAAGGAUUUUACUCUUUUUACUUCUUCCAACUUGUCGCGGCCAUGAGGGGACAUUUUUCUAUCGAGUGGAUGUCCCAGAGCAGCCAGCCUGCGGGCACCGGGACCGGCUCGGCCUCCAGACCGGGACCGGGACUGGGACCGGGACCGGGACCCGCCGCCUGCGGGACUCAUUCGGAGAGCCUGCCGGGUUUUUACUGCCGACAGAAGUCAGAAAGUUUCCCAAAGCAGCACCAGCCCUUCAGCAGCCACGUGACUGAAGCCGGUUUCAGCAGCGGCACAGAGGAGGAGGAGGAGGAAGAGGAAGAGGAGACCUCCGGCUACGAGAGCGAAGGGAGUCGCUCCCUCUCCCCCGCCGCCUGCACCUCCCCCUGCACCACCACCUCCCCCUGCACCACCUCCUCCUCCCCGGCGUCUCCCCCGUUGGGGAGGAGGCCUCGCACGGCCUUCACGGCGGAGCAGAUCAGCAGCCUGGAGAGGUCCUUCAAGAGGAACGCCUACCUGGGAACGCAGGACAAGGCCGAGCUCUGCAAGAAGCUCAACCUGUCGGACAAACAGAUCAGAAACUGGUUCCAGAACCGGCGGAUGAAGCUGAAGCGGACGGUGCAGGACGCCCUGGCUCACGCCUGCCACGCUAACGUGGCCUCUCAGUUCAUGCAUUACCCCGAGCUGCAGGCCUACAGGCCGGGCCCCUACCACCGGUACCAGGAGGGCCCGGCGGUCCACCCGCACGGCCUGCAGUACGGCGCCGCUCUGCCCGGCGCCGCCUCUCUGCACCUGGACUCCUUCUACCAGUACGGCGGCCUGCCGGGAGUCGUGCUGCCCCCGUCCACGACCCCCCUCGUGGGGUCCUACGCGACUUACCCCCAGUACUACUGAUCCUGGAACCUGGACCGGGACUUGGACCUGGACCAUCCUGUCGGACACAGAGAGAGACCGUAUUGAUUGUAUUCACCUCGUCCUCACAGGAUCAAUAUGAAUAUCGGGAACGUGGACUCAAACAGGGUGUUGUGCAAUAGUGGGAUUUACCUGUGUGUGUGUGUGUAUAGUUUGGAUAUAUUUAAAUUGUUUUAGUGUUUUAUUUGAUUAUGUCUUGUUUGUUUAUGUCUCUGUGAAAUUGGAUCGCUUAAAUAAAAUCACUAUUCAAACUUUAA